CGCGACGAUGCGCAGCUGCCAUAUAGCCCCAGUAGCAGCAGCAACAACAGCAGUGGACCAACGGCAGCAGCAGCCGCAGCAGCAGCAACAACAACAAUGGCUGCCACAGCUUUAGAUGUGAAUGGCGAGGAGAAUAAUAGCAGCAGCAACAACAACAGCAGCAGCGGCGGCAGUAGUCAUAAGCUGAUACUUAAGCUCUCCAAGCACGGCAGCAGCAGCACAAGCGAAUCUCAGGCGGGCAACGAUGAGCGACGCGUCGAGCCGCUGCGCAUACAAUUGCCCACACAGCUGCCAACAGCAGCAGCAACAACUGCUGCAGCCGCAGCAGCAACAACAGCAACGAAUGCAAUGGGACAGCAGGGCACUGUGCCUAAGCUAACAAUUAGGCCAAUCAAAGCACCAGAUAAUGUGUCCAACAAUUCAGAUGCAUCCUCGUCCUGCUCCUCAUCCUCGUGCGCCGACGAGGAGCAGCUGCCGCACAUCGUGCCCAAGUUAACAAUACGAGCCGCCAACGAGGAACGGGACAGUAGCGUGGUGCCGAAGCUCAUUAUUAAGAUGCCCGAUGCAUCAGUUGCUGCUGCUGCUGCCGCUGCCGCUGCCGCCGCCGCUGUGGAGUCCAGCAAUUGUCACAGCCCGCUGAAUUCGGUGAAUGCAAUUGCUGCUGCCGUUGCUGCUGCUGCUGCUGGCGGCGGUGCACUGCCCAAGCUAACCAUCAAGACCACCAAAUUGGAGGGCAAUGGCGGCAGCGAAACGCAGCUUCUCAGCUGCAGUCUAUCCCCGGCGUCUGCGUCCAGCUCAUCUGCCAGCUCCUUUUCUUCGGCCAGCGAGCAACUGCAGCAGCAGCAGCAGCCCACAGUGCCUAAGCUGAUGAUCAAGACAACGCAUGCGGGCAGCAGCUGCAUUAGUAGCGAGGAACAGCAGCAGCAGCAACAACAACAAAUACCAAAGCUAACCAUUAAAACGGGUAACCAGGAGCAACUGCUGCAGCAGCAGCAACAGUUGCCGCAGCACACGGUGAUCAUGACGCAUGAUGCAAAGAAUGCUCAAUCAAUACCCAAGCUAACAAUCAAGACCAAGUCCAUUGAGCUCGACGAUGAUGAACAGCAGCAGCAACAGCAACAGUUGGUGCCCAAGCUCACCAUUAAGACGGGCAACAGCAGCAACGAACAGCAGCAGCAGCAGCAACAGCCUCUGCUCAAGCUGACCAUCAAGAAUCUUUGCUCGCCCAAGCACAAGGUGCGCGCUGUGCUCGAAGAGAAGGUGCUAACUUCCAAGCUAACGCUCACCAAUGGCGGCGAUAGCAACACAACAGCUGCUGCAGCAGUAGCGGCGGCAGCAACUGUUGCUGAUGGCGAAACGGACGAGCUGCGUCGCAAUUCUGACGAUAUGGACAUUGAUGAUGCGUUGUCCAAGGAGCAUGAUCCAAAAAUGUUUCACAAUUUGCCACCAGCGCACAGCAGCAAUGGCAUUGUGCCGCAGCAACAGCAACAGCAAUUGCAACUAACGAAACAGCAACAACAACAUAAUAUUGUGGAUAUGGUUGAUUUGACUUCAUCGCCUUCGCCAGGCUCCUCGCCGGCGCAUGUCAACAACAGCAGCAGCAGCAGCACUACUCAGGGCAACAGCUAUGCGACAGCAACAGCUGUUAGCAGACCACAGAAUCGCCUGCUGCUCGAGUGUUUGCAGAUGCAGGAAGCAAUCACCACCCCCAACAACAAUAGCAGCAGCAACAACAACAACAACAAGAGCACUGGCAGCAGCAAUCCCGCCUCACCCAACUCCAAUAUAUUGCUCAGCCAGCUAACAGCGCCGCCGAAGAGCUUCAGCAACAGCAGCAACAGCGGCAACAAUUCAACAUCUGCUGCAAAAUAUCCACAGCUAACGGAGCGUCUAAUGGCGAAUGGAGCAGCAGUAACAACAACAACAACAGCAGCAGCAGCAAAUGCUGCUGCAGCAGCAACUAUUGCUCGCGGAGCAGAGCCGAUAAUCGAUUCGAUUGAGAUAUUGGACACGCCCGAGGGCAGCCCACAUCCGCAAUUGACGCCCUCCUAUAUGCAAAGUGCCUACGAGACGGAGCAGACGCCGCCAUCGCCAACACCGCCGCCACAGCAUCAGCAACAGCAGCAACUAAGCAAUCAUCUGAACCAUUUGAAUCUAAAUCUUAAUCUGAAUCCAAAUCAUAAGCCCGACAAUCAACAGCAACAGCAGCAGCAGCAGCAACUCAACAACAAUGAGAAUCAUUUGAAGCGACAGCAACAGCAUCAGCAACACCUACAGACAGAUGCAGAAUCUCCCAGUGGCUUGCCGCCGAAUAAACAGCGGCGCCUGGACAACAAUGAAAAUGAUCAACAGACGCACAACUGCAGCAAUGACACAGCAGCAACAGUUGCUGUCAGCCCAAUAGCAGCAGCGGCAACGACAGCAGCAACAACAACAACACCCGAGCAUCAGCAGCAACAGCCAACGCAUCGCAGUCGAAAGCAGAAGCACGAGCGCAUACUGAAUACGGAGCUUGAGGAGCCGCAGCAACAGUUGCCGCUGCCAGCGACACCAACAGUGAGCGACCAUGCCCACAGCAAUGGCAGUCUGCAGCUGGCGCAGGAUUUCCUUGUGGCAACUGCGGCCUGUUGCAAGCAUCUAUCGUCACCACAGCCCACGCCUGGCGGCACUGGCAAGCGUCGCGGCAGACCCAAGCGCAAUGCCAACGAAUUGACGCCAGCGAAAGCAGCAGUCGCAGCCGCAGCUGAGCUGAUGGAGUCCAGCAGCAAGUCGCGGCGCGUGCAGCUGUUGCACAAGCGACUGGCCAUCGAUAUGGUUGCCUCGGAGCUGAAUCAUAGCUUGAAGGUGCAGCAGCAGCAGUUGCAUGAGACGGAGGAAUUGGAUGCCAUGCAGCAGGAGCAGGAUCAUCAGGAGCCGCAGCAACGACUGUCAGCAAUUGAAACGCCGGGACGUUGCGGAAAGCAGCGACUGUUGCGUGCCACGCGACGCAGUACAGCAGCAGCUGCAACAGCAACUGGAACGGGAACCGAAACUAGUGGAACUCCAGCAAAAGCAACCCGCAAGCGUCAAAGCAAAGCCGCAGUAGCUGCUGCAGCUGCAGCUGCUGCUGUGGCGGCGGCGGCGGCGGCUGAAGCAGCGGCAACAACAACAACAGCAGCAACAACAGAUUAUGCAGUUGGGCUGAUGCCACGCCUCGACCGAGAAACGGAGCUGAGCAACGACAGCAACAGCAAGAGCAACAAUAAUAGCAUGGCUUAUGCUCUGGCGGCUCAGAUUGAUCUAACCAUGUGCUCGUCCUCCUCGUCCACUAGCAAUGGCAGCGCAAUGGCGACAACAACAACAACAACGGCAGCAGCAGCAACUAUUGCCGCCGGCACAGCUGUGAAUAGUAGCAACAGCAAUAGCGGCGGUGGCAGCAACAACUGUUCCAUGUUGCCGCCAACAACCAUAUUAUCCUCAUCCGAUCCGCUGCCGGAUGUGAUCUUUCAGCCCAACGACUUCUCCUCGAUAACUGCCACACAGCAGCUGCGCAACAACAACAAUAACAACAACAGCAGCAACAUCAGCAACACGAACAGCCUCAGCAGUGGCAGCCAGCAUGAAUCGCACGAUGAGGACAACUACAGCGCAUUGGAUAACUCUGGAGAUGAGUCCUCCACGUUGUGCAAUCCUUUGAGCGCCUUCGGCACCAAUCCAGCGGCAGCAGUACCAGCAGCGCCAGCGACACCAACGCGCGGCCGCGGACGUGGACGCGGCAGAGGCGGCGGAUCAGCGCGCAGCAACAGUGGCGGCAACUCGGCCAAUCGAAAUAAUGCGAACAACGCGCAGCCGCGAGUCCCGCGCAUGAGUCGCGGCGCCAGCGCCGUUGCCAAAGCCAUUGCCCUUAGUCGGCCGCGCUGCGUGGGCGGACUUAAGCAUCAGCCGGAUCCGGAACGACUCAAGGGCUUCUUUAGUCCGUCGCCACAGGUCUUUGAAGAGGACACACGCAUGAGUGCUGAUCUAAAUAACAGUAAUCAAUCGGUAACGAGCAUGGAGCCUCCACUGACGCCACAAAAACAACCGGACUUCCUUAACAACGAGGAGUCGCAAUCGUCUAUGCUGAGCAACGUUAGCCUAAUGGACUCCAACCAGGGCCAAUCGGUGGAUGCGAUAAUCGGCUCGGCGCUUAAGCGACCCAAGAAGAAGAAGAUGGAAAUUUGUGUGGCUGAAGACACGGAAUUCAAUGCGUCGAGCAUUGCGGAAUAUGACUGGCCCCCACCCAAGGGCUGUUGCCCGUCUAAGAAUCGUGACACGUUCAUGAUCCAGGAGCAGGUCGCUCUCUACCUGGGCAUCACGAGCUUUAAGCGUAAAUAUCCCGAUUUGCCGCGACGCGCUGUCGAUAUGGAGGAGCGCAAUUGGCUUCAGGAGAAGGGUCUGGUCAGCGAGAAGAUGUGCGAUCUCGGCAUUACGGCCGUCUGGGCAUCCGAUAUAUUGGACAUUAUGUAUGCCGAUUUCUAUGACAAGUACGAGGAGUACAAAGAGUAUAUUAGGCAAAAGCAUCUGCGCGAAAUCGAGGCCAAGCAGAAGGCGCUCGGCCUCACCGUUGGCACUGGGCGUGGCCUGCAGGCACGCGAUCGCGCAAUGCUCUCGGCCAGCAAAUGGAAUGUGUACUUUAAUAAAACGCGGAAGGAGGAGCGUGUCGCCUGUUUGGAUCUGCAAACGUUCACUAUGAAUUUUCCCGUGCAGCACUCAGCAGCCAGCUCCACUGCGUUGCAUCGGUCUAUUACGGAUGCCGUGCUUGCCGCAGCGCAGGCAGAGAAUAUGCCGACGCCGCCGCAACUGCUCGGUCCGCGUGCCUACGAUGAAGCGUUUCAACAGCCCGAUCAUGCCUAUCCACUGGCCCUGGUGCCAGGCCAAUUUACGUCCAGCUAUCGAAAGCUAACACCCGCGGAACUAAGAGCUUAUCCCCUGAAUACUGUCCUGGAGUUGCCGCAAAAACAGCGAGGCGAGCAGGAGCAGGAUGAGCAACAGCUGCUGCAGGACAGUGUGAAAGCGUCGCAAAGCAAGCUACAGAUGGCUUCGGUGCGGCGCAGCCAUCGUUCGCGUCAGCAGCGCAGCAAUGAUCCGGCCAAAUCCAGCAGCCUCUGCUAUGCCAGCGCAAGCAGCAGCAGCAGCAGUGGCUCCAGUAGUAGCGAAUCUGACAGCGAGGCGGACAGCGACAGCAGCUGCAGCAGCAGCGCCAGCAGUUACAGCAGCCGCUGCAGCAGUUGCAGCAGCAACAACAGUUCCAUAAACACCGCCAGCGAAGCGGAGAUGUUAAAGCAGCGCGAGAAGGAGGCACGAUUGUCAUCGCACAACUGCGGCGUCUGCCAGCGCAGUCAGCAUCGGAAUGCACGAAAUAUGCCCGAGGCAUUUAUACGCUGCUACAGCUGCCGCCGCAAAGUGCAUCCUAGCUGCAUUGAGAUGCCGCAGCGAAUGGUCGGACGAGUGCGCAACUACAAUUGGCAAUGCGCCGAAUGCAAGUGCUGCAUCAAGUGCCGCAGCAGCCAACAGCCCGGGAAGAUGCUCUACUGUGAGCAGUGCGAUCGUGGCUAUCACAUUUACUGCCUGGGUAUUAAGACGGUGCCCGAGGGUCGAUGGAGCUGUGAACGCUGUUCGAUUUGUAUGCGCUGUGGCGCCACACGGCCCGAGGGACUGCCUCAAGGGCAGCAGCCCGAUUUGUUGUCACCCAGUGGCAAUGGCAGCCAAACAAAGCCCGCCGUUAAACACAAAAAGGUUAAAUGGCUGAACGAGUAUCGCAUCGAUCACAUCACCAAUUUGCGCGAACAUUACGGCAUGCUCUGCGUGCCCUGCGCACGCGCCAAGCCCACCAAAAGGAUAACGACGCCCAACAGCAGCAGCAGCACCAAUUGUGAGCAGUUGCAGCUGCAAUUGCAGUCGAAUGGUGGCGCUGCAACCAUGGAGGCGGCAACCGCUGUGGCGCUGAGCCCCAGCAAUAGUAGCACUAACAGCAGCAGCAACAACAAUAAUAAUAAUAGUAAUAGCAACCAGCUGGAGGCUAAUGCUGCUGGCAGGCAACGCAUGCCACCGCAGCAACAGUUGUUGCUGCAUAGAAGCCACGAUAUGGCGACAAUGCAAAGCAGCAGCAGCAGCAGCCACGACGACAACAACAACAACAACAAUUGGUAUAGCUCCACCUCCGGUUGUUGCCUGAGUGGGGGUCAUACGUUAUUGUGCCAAGCGCACUUUAACGGACUUGUAGUAAAGCGCGGGUCGCAGCAGAGAUCACUCGACCCACCCACCUCCGCCACCGUCGCCACCACCUCCGCCAAACCCUUCCUAAUCCAGCUCCUCCCGCCACACACCCCCACACACACGUGCAUAGUAUUAAACAAAAAAUAAUAAGCUAAUUUUUGUACAUGUCUGCGGGCGUAUGUUUAUAUUACACAAUAUAUAUAUAUAUAUAAAUUAAUUAAUUUUUUUUUGUUUUAUUUUUAAUUGUUUUUAUAUAUUCAUAAAUAUAAGUUGAUUUAAAUAUGCCCACAAUUAUGUUACUUAAGCAAAAAGUGAAGAAAUAUUGUUAUGUACACACAUAUAUAUACACAUACAUAUACACAUACAUACACACACACAUGACAAGAAAAAUGAUCAAGAUCAAUUGUAUGUUUAUGCCUAAGUUGAGUUUUGUUUAAAUUAGCCAAUAAGUCGAAAUACACACACAUACACCACCACAAAU